AUGGGGUCCUCUGAAAGCCGGGCAACAACCCCUCCGGCGUCUCACACACAGCGAGCAAGAGUGCCCCGACCGCAGAACAGCGCUGUUCCCAGCUCCAACAACAAAGCCAUGCAGCAGAGGGAGAUCCUGCGAGAAACGGCCAGGGAGACGCUGGCUGCCGUGCACAGCGUCCAGAGCCAGCUGCCGUCCGUCGACCUGGGCAUGUCGACAAAGUACUCGUUCAACUCUCUGCGACGCCUCGGGCCAAACCAAGGCGUCGGCCUCCCCCAGCGCACCACCAUCCAAGUCGUCAACGAGGACACUCUCAACGCGGCCACCAAGCUGUCGGCGUCGGCGCGUGCUCACGGCAGCAGGCCCCCGAUCGUGGUCAACUUUGCCAACGCGCGCACGCCCGGCGGGGGCUGGCUGAACGGCGCCGUGGCCCAGGAGGAGGCCAUUUGCUACCGCAGCUCGCUGGCCAUCAGCCUCAACCCGCACCACUAUCCCCUGGCCGCCGACGAAGGGAUAUACAGCCCGAGCGUGCUCGUCCUGCGCGGGGACAUGGCCUCGGGGCACCAGCUGCUGGUCCCCCAAACGCCUCUCGCCGACCUGCCCCUGGUCAGCGCCGUCACCAUCUCGGCCAUCCGCCAGCCCGCGGUGCGGACUUUUCAGCUGGGCCGCGGCGCGGCGCGGCUUCCCGCGCACCAGCAGGUACAGCGUGUGUACGCCCGCGACAGGGACCGCUCCCUCACCAAGGCCAAGAUGAGGUUGGCGCUGCGCAUGGCGGCCCUCCACGGCCACGACAUGCUUGUUCUCGGCGCCUUUGGCUGCGGCGUCUUUGGGAACCCCCCGGAUGAUGUGGCCCACUGUUGGCUGGAGGUGCUGCGGGAGCACGAGUUUACCGGCAACCGGUGGCGCGAGGUGUGGUUUGCCGUCUUUGAUCCGGACAACCGGGGCAACUUUGAGACGUUUCGCCAAGUACUGUCCGGAAAGAAGGUUUGA